UCCGGGUUGGCUGUGGCUGUGGCUGUGGCUGUGGCUGCGGCGGCAGCGCAGGGGCAGAAACCCGGGCGGCGCAGAAGCCCCAGAGGCGGGCGGGGCAGAGUGGAGGGCCGGCGGGGCCCUGCGCGGGUCUCCCGCCAGGCCGCCGGGUGAGCUGGCAGCGACCCGGACCCCACCGGGUGCCCCAGAGAGAUUUAACCCUUCGUGGCUUCUGAAGAAAAUGGCAGAAACAUCGCCAGAGCCUUCUGGGCAGCUUGUUGUACACUCAGACGUUCACAGUGACACUGUCCUGGCCAGUUUUGAGGAUCAGAGGAAGAAAGGCUUCCUCUGUGACAUUACUUUAAUCGUGGAGAAUGUCCAUUUCCGGGCCCACAAAGCCUUACUUGCUGCCAGUAGUGAAUACUUCUCAAUGAUGUUCGCAGAAGAGGGGGAAAUCGGCCAGUCCAUUUAUAUGCUGGAAGGCAUGGUUGCCGACACCUUUGGUAUCCUGCUGGAAUUUAUCUACACAGGUUAUCUCCAUGCCAGUGAGAAAAGUACAGAACAAAUCCUGGCUACUGCUCAGUUCUUAAAAGUCUAUGACCUGGUAAAGGCUUACACAGACUUCCAAAAUAAUCAUAGCUCCCCAAAGCCAACAACUUUGAACACUGCUGGUGCCCCAGUGGUUGUUAUCUCUAAUAAGAAAAACGAUCCUCCAAAGCGGAAACGGGGAAGACCAAAAAAAGUCGAUACAUUGCAGGAGGAGAAGUCAGAACUGGCUGCAGAGGAAGAAAUACAGCUAAGAGUGAACAAUUCAGUUCAGAAUAGACAAAACUUCGUGGUUAAAGGAGACAGUAGUGUACUGAAUAAGCAGAUUGCAGCGAAAGAAAAGGAAGAAUCGGAGCCUACUUGUGAGCCAAGUAGAGAGGAGGAAAUGCCAGUUGAAAAAGAUGAGAACUAUGAUCCCAAGACCCAGGAUGGCCCGGCAAGCCAGAGUCGGUACAGCAAGCGGAGGAUUUGGAGAUCCGUCAAACUUAAAGAUUACAAACUUGUUGGGGAUCAAGAGGACCGUGGUUCAGCCAAGAGGAUCUGUGGAAGGAGAAAGCGCCCUGGAGGCCCUGAGGCCCGUUGUAAAGACUGUGGCAAGGUCUUUAAGUACAAUCACUUUUUAGCAAUUCACCAGAGGAGCCACACAGGGGAGCGACCUUUCAAAUGCAAUGAGUGUGGAAAAGGCUUUGCCCAGAAGCACUCGCUACAGGUCCACACCAGGAUGCACACCGGCGAGCGACCGUACACCUGCACCGUGUGCAGCAAGGCUCUGACCACCAAGCACUCACUGCUGGAGCACAUGAGCCUGCACUCAGGACAGAAGUCUUUUACCUGUGAUCAAUGUGGAAAAUAUUUCAGCCAGAACAGACAACUAAAGAGCCAUUACCGAGUUCAUACAGGACACUCAUUACCGGAAUGCAAAGACUGCCAUCGCAAAUUCAUGGAUGUGUCUCAGCUGAAGAAACAUCUGCGAACGCACACAGGUGAGAAGCCAUUUACUUGUGAAAUCUGUGGCAAAUCUUUCACAGCAAAGAGUUCUCUUCAGACCCAUAUCAGAAUCCAUCGCGGAGAAAAGCCGUACUCGUGUGGCAUUUGUGGCAAAUCCUUCUCUGACUCCAGUGCCAAAAGGAGACACUGCAUUCUGCACACCGGCAAGAAGCCUUUCUCGUGCCCUGAGUGUAACUUACAGUUUGCUCGCGUAGACAACUUGAAGGCUCACUUGAAAAUUCAUAGCAAGGAGAAGCAUGUGUCAGAUGCCAGCAGCAUUUCUGGCAGUGGUAACACAGAAGAGGUCAGGAAUAUUCUUCAGCUACAGCCAUAUCAACUGUCUACCUCGGGAGAGCAGGAAAUUCAGCUUCUUGUAACUGAUUCUGUACAUAACAUCAAUUUCAUGCCCGGUCCCAGCCAGGGAAUCAGCAUCGUGACUGCAGAGAGUUCCCAGAACAUGACUGCAGACCAGGCUGCUAAUCUUACCCUGCUCACGCAGCAACCAGAGCAACUGCAGAAUUUAAUUCUUUCAGCUCAACAGGAGCAAACAGAACACAUUCAGAGCCUCAAUAUGAUUGAAAGCCAGAUAGGGCCCUCACAGACAGAGCCAGUGCACGUGAUCACUCUGUCCAAGGAAACACUGGAACAUCUUCACGCCCAUCAAGGGCAAACAGAGGAGCUCCAUUUAGCUACAAAUACUUCAGAUCCAGCUCAGCACCUGCAGUUGACACAGGAGUCUGAUCCGCCACCACCCACUCACCACGUGCCCCAGCCAACGCCGCUUGGCCAGGAUCAGAGCUGACCUGUAAACAUGUUUGACUGCUUGAUCGGGCUCUUCUCAUAAGCCAGCUCUGACUGGAUUUUGAACGCUUGAAGUCAGGCUCUCCAUACCAUCGACUUGCAGAUCCUUCUGUGAGAGCUGUGAUGGCUAACUGAUGUUUAUAAUGCUCUCCAUCCAGGUAGCAAGGUGUGUGUGUGUCUUGUCUAAGGUACUGAUUUGGAUUGAGCAUUUCAAUAUUGUUGAAUGGUUUUCAUUUUCAUCUGUAACGUCUCCUAAAGACUUGGGUAAUUUUUCUUUGGGGGCAUUGAUUUCAGUUUUUCUGUAAGGUUUAAAUGUUCACAGCCAUAGGUUGUGGUCUUGCCAACCUCCCCAGUUACGUUCUUUUAUUUUCUAGGACAAAGGGAGUCAAUUUUGGUUGAACUGGGCAGAAUGGUUUGUUCUAUUUUCUUAUUUUUCUCAGGCAACGCAGUUGUUACCACAAGACAAGUCAGGGCUAAAUAUGACAGAUCACAGUGUGUGGGGAAUUUACCCUUUUAAUAACUUCCAGUCCCCUAAGACAAAGUAACCCUCAAUGUUUCAUCUUUGUACAGUACAGAGGGCUUAUGGUGUUACACUUCAGGAAGACUCAAACUCAUAAACUCAGUGUUUUAACUCAAAA